CACGAAGAACAAGUGUUGCGUAAAGAUGGCGCAUCGUGGUGGUUAUGGAACAGAGCUGAGCUCCGGUCGUCUUUAGUUCCGUCUCCGCUGCUUUCUGCCGGUUCGUGUCGCUCUGUUCCUGCCAGGAGGAGGAUGGCUCACCGCUACCUGCGACUGUCAGCCGGCUGCAGGAGCCUGUUCCGGCUGCUGCUGCCGCUGUCCGGCGCUCCGACCAGGCAGGUGAUGGCUUCAACCACGGCUGGGCAGGUAGUGAGUGGGCGGAGCCUGCUGACUGACCUGCUGGGAGCCUGCAGGAGUCUGAGUUCCAGACCUCCCAAAGGUUUUGAGAAAUAUUUUCCAGACAGUCAGAAAACUCCAAAAGACAGCGAAGCUGAAGCUGCACCCAAAGAAUCUAGACCUGCCAAUAGUCAGAAGGCCUCAGGGAGGUCUUCGGGAGGAGGAGGAGGAGGGAAGAGAGGAGGCCGUAAGGAGGACUCUCACUGGUACAGCCGCCUGCAGAAGGGCGACGUUCCCUGGGACGACAAGGAGUUCCGGAUGUACUUCCUGUGCGGACUGGCCUUCUGGAUCAGCGUCUCCUACUACUUCUUCUUCCGGGACGGAGGCCGAGAGGUCACCUGGAAGGACUUUGUCAACAACUACCUGGCCAAAGGAGUGGUGGACCGGUUGGAGGUGGUGAACAAGCGCUACGUUAAAGUGGUGUUCUCUCCAGGGAAGACACCGGUGGAUGGGCAGUACGUGUGGUUCAACAUCGGCAGCGUGGACACGUUUGAGAGGAACCUGGAGACAGCUCAGUACGAGCUCGGCAUCGAGGGGGAGAACCGGCUGCCGGUGGUUUAUUCCACCGAAAGCGACGGGACGUUCCUACUGAGCAUGCUCCCCACUGUGCUAAUCAUUGGCUUCCUGCUGUUCAUGCUGCGGCGAGGCCCAGCGGGGGCGGGUCGGCCUGGCAGGGGCAUGGGCGGGCUGUUCAGCGUCAGCGAGACCACGGCCAAGAUCCUGAAAGACGAGAUCGACGUCAAAUUCAAAGACGUGGCGGGCUGCGAGGAGGCCAAGCUGGAGAUCAUGGAGUUCGUCAACUUCCUGAAGAACCCCAAACAGUACCAGGACCUGGGCGCCAAGAUCCCCAAGGGAGCCAUCCUGACCGGUCCUCCUGGAACUGGAAAAACUCUUCUGGCCAAAGCGACAGCCGGCGAAGCAAACGUUCCGUUCAUCACCGUCAACGGAUCAGAGUUCCUCGAGAUGUUCGUGGGCGUCGGCCCCGCCAGGGUGAGGGACCUGUUCGUCAUGGCGAGGAAGAACGCUCCCUGCAUCCUGUUCAUCGAUGAGAUUGACGCUGUGGGCAGGAAGAGGGGGCGGGGCAACUUUGGCGGUCAGAGCGAGCAGGAGAACACGCUGAACCAGCUGCUGGUGGAGAUGGACGGCUUUAACACGGCCACCAAUGUGGUGGUUCUGGCUGGAACCAACCGACCCGACAUCCUGGACCCGGCGCUGAUGAGGCCUGGACGCUUCGACAGACAGAUCUACAUUGGUCCUCCUGACAUCAAAGGACGAGCGUCCAUCUUUAAAGUCCACCUGCGUCCUCUGAAGCUGCGGACUGACAUGGACAAAGACUCCCUGGCCAAGAAGAUGGCCGCCCUCACACCUGGAUUCUCAGGUGCAGACAUCGCUAAUGUUUGUAACGAGGCGGCUCUGAUCGCUGCUCGACACCUUUCAGACGCCAUCAACCAGAAGCACUUUGAGCAGGCCAUCGAGAGGGUCAUCGGAGGUCUGGAAAAGAAGACUCAGGUUCUGCAGCCGGAGGAGAAGAAGACGGUGGCGUAUCACGAGGCCGGUCAUGCCGUGGCCGGGUGGUUCCUGGAGCACGCCGACCCUCUGCUGAAGGUGUCCAUCAUCCCCAGAGGAAAGGGGCUGGGCUAUGCUCAGUACCUGCCCAAGGAGCAGUACCUGUACACCAAGGAGCAGCUGCUGGACCGCAUGUGCAUGACCCUGGGGGGACGAGUCUCCGAGGAGAUCUUCUUUGGACGGAUCACCACCGGAGCUCAGGACGACCUCCGCAAGGUCACCCAGAGCGCCUACGCACAGAUCGUUCAGUUCGGCAUGAAUGCAAAGGUGGGUCAGGUGUCGUUCGACCUCCCCCGGCAGGGUGAGAUGGUUCUGGAGAAACCGUACAGCGAGGCCACGGCUCGGCUGAUCGACACCGAGGUCAGAACCCUGAUCAGCGAGGCCUACCAGAGAACCCAGCAGCUGCUGAACAACAAGAAGGCUGAGGUGGAGAAGGUGGCACAGCGGCUGCUGGAGAAGGAGGUUCUGGAUAAGAACGACAUGGUGGAGCUGCUUGGAAAACGUCCGUUUGCAGAGAAGUCGACGUAUGAAGAGUUUGUGGAGGGAACCGGAGGCGAGGAGGAGGACACGACCCUGCCGGAGGGUCUGAAGGACUGGAACCAGGAGAGGAAGGACAAGGAGGAGACCCAGGAGGAACAGGUGGCCCGUCAGAUCUCUGGGGGAAUGCCCUUCUAGAACCCUCUGCUGAAUGUCUGCAUUCUACAGACAUCCAACACCGACCCAUCUCUCCAAAAUAGAUCAGAUUUGAAGUCACAAUCACUUACAAGGUCUAGAACCUUCUCACUGAAUAAACAUUAGAGCUCUGCUCUUAGAACCAAGUUCUAGACCACAAGCGUCACCAUAAAGUCCUGCAUGUUCUGCUGGAUUCUGGACGGUAUGGUCAACCUAAACCAUGACCGGCCCUGACACCUCUAGAACCUGCUGUAUCUGGAGUUCUAUCAUCAACAAGGUGUAGAACCCCGAGAACUCUCCUAGAACCUUUUCUGUCUAAACUUCCAACUUUCUCCUCCGUCACUUCAGCUCUGACCUUAAGGAGCAACUGCAGAGCCUUCAGAGAACAGUUGGAGAACCUUUCUGUGGAUUGAGAUUUAAAGCACCUCUAGAACCCUUCAGACAUGUUGAUGAGUUCUAGAGUCUACAUUUUAUACAGAACUGUUCCCUGCUGUAGAACCCUGACCCACUGACGAACCUGGAGAACCACAUCCUCUCUUUUAGAACUAUGGUAGUUCUAAGAGGUUUCUAUCCAUUGGGACAACAAACCUGAAUCAGGCAAAUGUUCCAGAUGGGUUCUACAUAGAUUCUGGCUCACAUGCUUCUGGAAUGUGUAACUAGAUCUGUUCUCCUUCAACAAUAAGUCUCCUGGAGCUGUUCUCUCCAUAGAACUCUAGAACCUCCCCUACACUGGAACAACCCUUCAAAAAAGUCAGGUUCUAUCCCAUAUAUCCUCCAGUCAAACCCGUACAACCCAGACAGCGUCCUCUGGAACACUGAGCUCUGAACCACCUCAGACAUUCUACAGUAUUUGUGUGAUUAAAUGAAUUUUCUGAUCUUUAAACUUUGGUUCCACACAGGGUUCUGGAUUUUUCACAGAGCUCACAGGUGAUUUUAAAGCUUUGCUCUGUUCUACGAUCUACAACUUAGAACCCUUUUCAGACCCAGUACUGUUUGAUGUAGUUGGCAGCUUUUGGUUCUAUGUUUGAUGUUCUACUGGCCGCUUCUGCUACAUCUAAUCUUCAACAUGGUUCUGAGCCCUUAAAGAACCCACCCAUGGAGUUCUGAAGAGUUCUCCCCAAAGACUGGUUCUCUGCCGGGGUCAGAACCGUUCAGGAACAUUUGUAAAUAUGUAGAACUACUCAUCCAAGCAGAACGAUAAUGGAGAGGUUCAGCUGAAAACCUGCAACGUUCUGUUUAGAACCCGGAGCUUUCAGCAGAACUCAGACAUAUCUACACAUGUGGAACAAACGGAACAUGAUGAGAACCUUCUCACAGAUUUAUUGAUCUGAAACUGGUCUCGUUGUUCUGUUUCAUUAGUGAAUGAAAUUAAUCAAACUUUGCGAGAAUGUUAGUUCCGUCAGAACGAGUCUUCAUCAUCAUCACAGCUGUGACCGUGGUAACUGCGCUGCAAAGACGACGUCCCAGUCUGUGCUGAUCAGAUAUUGAUUAGUGAUCGACCGGUUGUUGCUAGCCUGCUGUAAACAUGUAAUAAUGAAAAUCAAUAACGUGUAUAUGUGUUUCAGGAUCACAGCUAAUAAACUGUCACAAAAUCAA